GACUCGCAAACCCACUUUACUCUCUCUUCCCCCCUCGGGACGGCGCAAGGCAAUGGCGCCCCCCUGCGGUGAUGCUGCUUCCGCCGCCGCCGCCGCCGAUCUGACUAGCGUGCUCAGUCGCGAGGGCGCCAGGCUCCCUCCGCUUCCCGGACGCGUCGGCGGCAAUGCGGCCGAGAGGGGGGAGGAUGGUGACAAGAACAAGAAGGCGAAGAAGGAAAAUACGCAGCGGAUCACCGGGUGGGGGCUCCGCGAGUACAGCAAGAUAGUUUCUAAGAAAGUUGAGACCAAAGGACGAACAACUUAUAAUGAGGCAUCUAUCCAGGUUGCAGAUGAAAUUUUUGCGGAGCUAACCAUGGCGCUUAAUGGUCAAGAGUUUGAUGAGAGGAAUAUUAGGCGGAGAGUGUACGAUUCUUUCAAUGUGCUAAUCGCACUACGUAUUAUCGCAAAAGACAAAAAGGAGAUAAAGUGGAUGGGCCUGUCUAAUUUCAGAUCUGAAAAGAUAAAGAAGUUGGAGGAAGCUCGUAAAGAACUUAUGACCAAGAUUAAGAACAAGAAGAAACUUCUUCAGGAAAUUGAAAAACAGUUUGAUGACCUCCAUUAUAUCAAGUUACGCAACCAGGUACUACAGAGGCCAGCAGAGAGUGCCAAUGGUAUCCACCUUCCAUUCUUAUUGGUCAAGGCGUCCAGAAAAGCAAGGGUGGAAAUUGAGAUUUCAGAAGACUCAAAGUUUGCGUGUUUCGACUUCAGUUGUACACCAUUCACCUUGCAUGAUGAUGUCUCAAUCCUUGAUGGGAUCAGGCGUAACAGCAUAAGGAGAGCUGGCUUUGCUACUCUUCAUUAGAUGCUCAAGAAACAUGAUCAGUCAAUUGAAAGUGACAAAACUGGCACAACCAGUUUCUUUUGCAAAGCUAUGUAGUAUGUAUAGCUAUAUAUAUAGUAUGAAAACUUGCCCUAGUCUUUAGGGCAGCCUCUCGCACUUAUGAAGAUUUAACCUGCAAAUUUUGCCUCUUUUUUGUCUCGCGGGUUAUCAGGUCUGAGUAUUCUCCUAUAUGAUGCUAUGUAUUAACUUGAUAAUGGCUCCAAUUCGAAAGCUUGUUUACAAGCUUUCUUGAUCAUCAUGAUGUUUUGGCCUUUUGCACUUGGCAACUAUGUAUUUUACUACU